AUUGAACUUGUUGCCAUUUACGAUCACGACGAAAGGAUCGACAUGAACGAUCUUCACAGAUCGUUGACUGGAUUUCGAAUUUUAACACUAAGAAUAAGUGCAACAUACGAUCAAGAUAUUGAGCGCAUUGCGUUUCUUCCCACUAUCGAUAAACUAACUUUCUGUAAAGAUCUCCUGAAUGCGUAUAACUUUCAAAGAAUAAUUAUGCAAAGUUAUGAAGGAAUAAAAGCAAUAGGAAGUCGUCGAACUCGCAUUAAGUUGAAUGAUUUAUUAGCUGCAAAUAUUUCAUUUCCGAUUUUUAUGAAUGUAAUACUACCAGACGCUCAACUCAAUUUGUUCAUCAAAUAUUUGAUAGCCGGAUCGAAUCAUAGACUUGAUGGCUUUUUAUUCGCAAAAACCCCAAAUGCGGCAGAUUUCAAUGAAGCUGCAAUUUUCAAAGGAGUCAACUAUCAGCCUGUAGGGGGGAGAGAAGCCUAUCCUGAAUUCAGAAACAUACAAUUUCAACUGCAUCCGCGAACACGGGUGUUUUAUGUCACAAACAAUAAUGGAAUACUGGCAACCGUUUAUUUGGACAUUGGUUUGAGAUAUCGUAUUGAUAUUUUUCCUGCUGGUCUGUGCUGUAUGUUUUUUUGGAAUUAG